UAUUUCUUAUACACAGUAAGCAAAGGGAGCACCAUGUUCAAGAGUCUAAGGGCAAGGGAACGGUGUGCAAAACUGCGAGCAAGGUAAGGUUGCGCAAAGCUGGGGAGGGAAGCCGAGGGAAUAAAGGAAGUAGAGGUCUGUUGCAAAGGACUUCUUGCUCUGUAGGAAAGGCUGUCUGCGUGAUUCUGCACCACUGGAGAAGCAAGCUCCAAAGCCUCAGAAUGCGGUCACCAUCGCAGUGUCCUCCAGAGCCUUGUUCCGAAUGGAUGAGGAACAGAGGAUCUACACGGAGCAGGGUGUAGAGGAGUACGUCCGAUACCAGCUGGAGCAUGAGAACCAGCCCUUCAGCCCUGGGCCCGCCUUCCCCUUUGUAAAGGCCCUGGAGGCUGUGAACAAGCAACUUCGAGAGCUGUACCCCGAUAGCGAAGAUAUCUUUGACAUCGUCCUCAUGACCAACAACCAUGCUCAGGUGGGGGUUCGCCUCAUCAACAGCAUCAACCAUUACGACCUGUUCAUUGAGCGAUUCUGCAUGACAGGUGGGAAUAGCCCCAUCUGCUACCUCAAGGCCUACCACACCAACCUCUACUUGUCAGCCGAUGCAGAAAAAGUGCGAGAAGCCAUUGAUGAGGGGAUUGCAGCUGCCACCAUCUUCAGCCCUAGCAAGGACGUGGUCGUGUCCCAGAGCCAGCUCCGCGUGGCCUUCGAUGGGGACGCAGUACUUUUCUCCGAUGAGUCAGAGCGCAUUGUCAAGGCCCAUGGGCUGGACAGAUUCUUUGAGCAUGAGAAGGCCCACGAGAACAAACCUUUGGCGCAGGGUCCCCUAAAGGGCUUCCUGGAAGCACUAGGUAGACUGCAAAAGAAAUUCUACUCCAAAGGCCUGCGGCUGGAGUGCCCGAUUCGCACUUACUUGGUGACAGCGCGCAGCGCUGCCAGUUCUGGAGCCCGGGCCCUUAAGACCCUACGUAGCUGGGGCCUGGAGACGGAUGAGGCCUUAUUCCUAGCUGGAGCACCCAAGGGCCCUCUUCUUGAGAAGAUCCGCCCACACAUCUUCUUUGAUGACCAGAUGUUUCACGUGGCCGGAGCUCAGGAGAUGGGCACCGUGGCCGCCCACGUGCCUUACGGCGUAGCUCAGAAUCCGCGGCGGGAAAAGCAGUCCCUAGGUCCACAGUAGCUGAGCUAUCUUGCUCCAGGCCCUGUCACGUUUCUGAACCGCGGCUGGUGAACUUUUCUGGCUCCUCACUGUCCACCCUCCUGCAUGCCGCACUCAUCUCUCUGUACCAGGUACUCUUAGAACGUUUCGAAGACAGAGCCAGCAGUCUCGAAAUCCCUCCUGGGCAAACAUUGCCAGGACCCUGGCUAGAAAGCAGCACUCGGCAGAGUAUCCUGGGUGUCAGAGAGAAACUGGUGGGACAGAGAGUCGUGUAGACAGAGAAGCCAGCAUGCCUAAGGGCUUGGGAUGAGAACUAUCUCUAACGUAGUGCAAAGAACACUGUGUGAACGUGGGUAGAUUUAACAUCUAAAGCAGAUCUGGCAUGGAUGCAUGACUUAAGUUCCCCUUUUUCAUAAGCCUUGGCAUACUACCAUUUUUUUGGGUGGCUUUCAAUUUGUCCUUUAGCCAAAGAAGCUUGGUUUUAUAAGAUUGUGCACUAAAUUAAUCAUUCAGUGCUGGGGCUGCUAGUACCCAUGGCACCUGUGUGGGUUACAAAAGGACACUGUCUAAGUGAAUGCAUUACAAAACUAAUGGCCCUUCCUUCCUCUGGCCCGAGCCGGGACAUAGGCUAGAUUCCAGCCCUUUGCCCCUCAACCCCGAAGCCCAUCAAAUGAGAAGUGUGCACAGUGUU